AUGUUUAUUCCUAUCUUUGUCAAUAUUUUUGUUUAUUUGGCUAUUCUCCUCGUCCUCUCUCGAGAGAUUCUCCUCGUCCUCUCUCAAGAGAGAGAGAGAGACUCUCCUCGUCCUCUCUCAAGAGAGAGAGAGACUCCUCCUCGUCUCUCUCUCAAGACUCCUCCUCGUCCUCUCUCUCGAGACUCUCCUCGUCCUCUCUCUCUCGAGACUCUCCUCAUCCUCUCUCUCUCUCUCUCGAGGGCUCUCCUCGUCCUCUCUCUCUAUCGAGACUCUCCUCGUCCUCCCUCUCUCUCUAUCGAGACUCUCCUCGUCCUCUCUCUCCCCUACUCUCCCGUCUUCUCUCUCUCUUCCCUACUCUCCCGUCUUCUCUCUCUCUUCCCUACUCUCCCGUCUUCUCUCUCUCUUCCCUACUCUCCCGUCUUCUCUCUCUCUCCCUACUCUCCCGUCUUCUCUCUCUCUCUCCCUACUCUCCCGUCUUCUCUCUCUCUCUCCCCCCUCUCCCGUCUUCUCUCUCUCUCUCUCUCUCCCAUCUCUCCCUCUCUCUCUCUCUCCCUACUCUCCCGUCUUCUCUCUCUCUCUCUCUCUCCCGUCUUCUCUCUCUCUCUCUCCCUCUCUCCCAUCUCUCUCUCUCUCUCUCCCCUCUCUCCGUCUUCUCUCUCUCUCUCCCCUACUCUCCGUCUUCUCUCUCUCUCUCUCCCUACUCUCCCGUCUUCUCUCUCUCUCUCUCCCUACUCUCCCGUCUCUCUCUCUCUCUCUCUCCCUACUCUCCCGUCUCUCUCUCUCUCUCUCUCCCUACUCUCCCGUCUUCUCUCUCUCUCUCUCUCUCCCUCUCUCUCCCGUCUUCUCUCUCUCUCUCUCUCCCUACUCUCCCGUCUUCUCUCUCUCUCUCCCUACUCUAAAAUCUUCUCUCUCUCUCUCUCCCUACUCUCCCGUCUUCUUCUCUCUCUCUCUCUCUCCCCUCUCCCGUCUUCUCUCUCUCUCUCUCCCCUCUCCCGUCUUCUCUCUCUCUCUCUCCCUACUCCCGUCUUCUCUCUCCUCUCUCCCUACUCUCCGUCUUCUCUCUCUCUCUCUCCCUACUCUCCCGUCUUCUCUCUCUCCCUCUCUCCCGUCUUCUCUUUCUCUCUCUCUCUACUCUCCCGUCUUCUCUCUCUCUCCCGUCUUCUCUCUCUCUCUCUCCCGUCUUCUCUCUCUCUCUCUCCCCUCUCCUCUCUCUCUCUCUCUCCCUACUCUCCCGUCUUCUCUCUCUCCCUACUCUCCCGUCUUCUCUCUUUCUCAUCCUCUCUCUCUCCCCUACUCUUUGCAUCCUCUCUCUCUCUCUCUCUCUUUCUAUAUAUUCUCCUCGUCCUUAUACUCCCAUUCUACUUCUGCUCUCUCUCUCUCUCUACUCCUCUUCUUUCACCCUACUCUUCCUCUCUCCCAUUAUCUCUUUUUCUUUCCAUCACCUCAAAAAUUACUAACCUCCUUCUUCCCACUACUACCACCACCAUUUUGGCUAACUAA